AUGUCAUCUAACAGAUGCUUCCAACUUUGUGGUCGAUCUCUGAACGUUGCUGGGGCUUGGCGCUGCGCUGUGUCCGAGAAGAAGCAGCCUGUCGACUUGGGUCUCCUGGAAAAGGACGACGAGUUCGAGGAGUUUCCCGCGGAAGACUGGGCCGGCUUAGAUGAAGAUGAAGAUGCCCAUGUCUGGGAGGAUAAUUGGGAUGAUGACAAUGUAGAAGACGACUUCUCCAAUCAGUUACGCGCUGAGCUGGAGAAGCAUGGUUACAAGAUGGAGACUUCAUAG